CUCAACAAUCCCCUGCCAUUCCCCAAGGACUGGUGCACGAGUACUCCCAGCUCCCUCCGCCGGCCAUCUGCAGAAGGUGGUGAGCGCGCACACGGAGGGAGUCGUCAGCGGGGGAACGCACGUCCCACUGAUUUACGACGCCGAGGCAAGCUCUGGGGCCAGACAAAGGGGGUCGGUGACCACAGCGGGCAGGCUCUAGCUCCGGCGCAUGACCUUGUUUCUCAGCAUGAAAAGCAAAAGUUGCCCUGGCAGACUGAACAGGAAACUGCAGGCCCCGGGUUGGACUGUCAAUCGGCAGAUCAAGCAGGCCCUUCGAGUUUCAAAGCAGCAACUGAUGCAGAUGCCGGCCUACGUGGCGGGCUUCAGCCGGCUGGCCUCGGUGGUCGCGGGGUCGCUGUCCACCCACCGGGGCAUGACGCUGUGGUACGGCCUGAUGGGCGUGCGCCUGGUGGCUCUCUUUGUGGCCGACCGGCCCUGGGACUCCCUCCGGACCGACUUCAUCUGCAACGGGAGCGUCAGCCCUUACUGUUGGGCCAACUGCUUCAACCGCCACUUCGACUUCCCCAUGGACGUCCUCUGGGACUUCAGCUACAUCCUGGCCGCUCUGCCCGUCUUCUGCCUCUACCAGCUGGCGCAGGGCAGGAGGCCAGUGGCCCCCGAGGAGCCGCUGAGCCCCCAGGCCCUGGGCCGGGCCGGAGGCUGUUGGCCCUGGGGCUCGGCGGCCUGCGCCCUGGCCUUGGCCACCAUCGAGGGGGCCUUCCUCUGGCUCCUGCUGCGGGUCCAGCUGCCCCUGGCGGCGCCAGGCCCGGCCCUCUGCCUCUCCCCAGCCUGCCCGCAGCCCGUGGUCUGCGGCCUCUUCGCCCAGGCCGAGAAGCUGGGCGCUCUGGCCGUCCUGGGCUUCGCCUCGGCCCUCAACAUCCUGGCCAGCCUGGCCUACAUCGGCGCCACCUGCCUGGCGGUGAGGAGGGGGGCGUGAGGUGCCCAUGGCAACCGGCGGGGAGUGGGGUUUCGGGGGGGGGUUCGGGGGGGCG